AUGGACUUUUGGUCUCGUCUAAUUGGCGGCUCCCGUUCGUUGUCUACUAAAAGCUUCCGGGCGACGUCUCCUACAGAACGAUUGGCAGCGUUUAAACGGACGUGCAAUACUCUACAGCAAAUAUGGCGCUCGACGAAUACCCCCACCGGCGACCAGUCUGCGACAACCCAUGCGCGCAGCUCCGUCGACCGACUGAUCUCCGUGCUCAGUGAUGAAUCCCGCGGUCCGGCACCCCAUCCGUGCCUGGCCUAUGCCUCCUCCUCCCAGAUCUUCGUGACGGUCACCAAACUCGCCCUGUCUUCCUACGACGAUGCCAUGCUGCGGUCUGCAACCGUGUUUUUCAACACCCUCAUCGAUUCCGAAGUCGACGGAGUGGUCGAUAACCGACUCUUCGCACGCGCCCUGGUCGACCUCGUUCGGCGCGCCGACAAGAGCUCGGAGGAUGUCGAAGGACGGCUCGUCGAACUGCUGUUCGGCGUCGCUAACAAUAUUCGUCUGCAGCCGGAUAUCCUCCCGGCGUGGUUCGCCCCGCGCGCCGACGAGGACGGCGAGCGGCAGAAUUCUAGCGGGGCCGAGUUUGCCGGUGCGACGAGGAAGGACGAUUUUCCGCUGUUUUAUCUGCUGGUCGAGUAUGUGCACCAUGCCGGUCGGGCGGGUGAUUUUGCUCGCACGGGUUUGCUGUAUCUCAUCGAGACGGCUUCUCGGUCGAAUGCCCUGGAGCGGUGGUUAAUCGAUAGUGAUCUGGCGACUUUGAUGGCAACGGGUCUUGGUGCGCUGUAUAGUCAGCUGGGCAGUUUGACCUUCACCGAAACACCGGAGGAAAAGGUACCGGCUAUUAUCGCGCUGUCAGACCAUGGAACUCAAGACACAGCCCUUCCGCCGUCGCUGGGUGUGACGAUGGACUCGUUCAUGUCGUAUCUGUUAUUCUGGCAGGAUACUAUUGACCAUUGCAAAUCUGCGGAAGUCAAUGGUACACUGCUGGACCACUUCCAGGUCUUGUUCCUCGAACAGCUUCUAUACCCAUCUCUGCUCGAGUCGUCGGACGUCCAAGGAGGCUCCACGGCUGCGGUGCUCACCUACUUGUAUCGAAUUCUCGAAUCGAUAGACCAGGAUGACCUGGUGCACCGAAUCCUUCACUUCUUGCUGGCAUCUCCUACGGGCUUUGAGUCGACGCCGGUUGGAAAAGGCGUGGAUAUGUCCGUAAGCCGACGGAAAUCGCUGGAUGUCUUGGCUGCCUUCUCAGAAGAGGCGGCACGGCCAUCGCCAUCCCUGUUCAAUCUCCGAGAUCUGGCCUUGCUUGGCAUGCAAUCCGCGAACCGCCAAACUGUACUCGCGACACUGCGUUUAAUGGCAGUUGUUCUCCAACGACAUCAUACUUUUGCGCGAUCUCUAAUUCGGACCAUCCCCGGUCAGCCCGCUAAGCAGCGCACGGUCGGCGCCCUCAAUGCCGAACUGCAGCAAUUUUUAGGCAUGGCGACAUCUAUCCUCGACGAGCCUACGUUGGACGACUCUUUCGAGAACUACCUGAAGGACGCCACCUUGAUUGUGGAAUCUCACCUGUCCCUCCCGCCGGCCGAGGAUGACGACCCGGAGGAGGAUAUACCUUUUGAGAUCAAACAAGAUGACCCCAUUGUGGAGGAACUGUUGAACUGCCUCGACAACUUUUUCACCAACAGCGUCAUUGUCAAUCUCGCUUUGACGGAGGUUCUCAUGAGUAUUGCAUCCUCGCACCUCCUAUCAUUAGAUGGCUGGCUGCUCGUGGAUCCUGCUAAAUACAAAUACGGUCGUGGUGACGCGGAAGCAACCGACCAGACAAAUAUUCUCGACCAGAUCCAACUGGCCUACGAGGAGCCUUCGUGGUCCAAGUCUGACACGCCAACGCUGACGGCCGUGUUGAAGGGCCUUGUGCGGAAACUCCACCAAUGGCGCAAGGAAAUACCUGACUUUGACAUCCUCGUCGCCGCCCGACGGGAUCUACUGCACCACGGCGACAAACCGGCCUCAACAUCCAGCGGUGCUCCGCGUCAUUCCCUGCCGCCGGCCGAUCGAGCCGUGCGGAAUGCACCCCUAGAGGACCUUGGAUCGCCUCGUGACAGAUCUUCUCGCCCUCUGGCGCAACACAGUGUCGGAUCUUCACCACGACGCGCCGCGGGAUCCCCGCUCGGAGAGCGUUCCGAGCACUCCCAACCAUCUCGAGACUCUUCCGCGUCGCGUGCCAUAGCGGCAGAAGAACUCCGGAAACGACUCGCGCAGCCCUUCCAUCUCGACCAGCCAAACAAGACCAGCGCGCCGGAGCCGGAGCAGAACGCGGAAGACCAGAAACCGCCGACAGACGGAGAGGAAGACCACGACCACGACGAGAGUGCUAUCGCCGACGACGACCCCCAGGUAUCCACCUUAGGCCAUGUCCUCACCAACGUGGUGAUCCUAUACGAAUUUCUCCUAGAGGUCUCCGCCAUGGUGCAAGCGCGGGCCACGCUGUUCGACGAGGCAGGAUUCCCGGAUUUGGUUUACUAG